AUGUCUGGCGCCGCACAGGCGGUACACCCCCCAACGUACGAUGACCUGCCAUACCAGCGCUUCCUUCAUGACCACCUGAUCCCGAACACGCCGUUCCUCCUCUCGCCGCGGGCGACGGAGCGAUGGGGAGCAAGGCGGGACUGGGUGCGGCCUCACUCGCCGCAGAGUGGACUGCUGGCCAGUCUAGGGGAAGAGGAGAUGGGCACGUUGUUGUCCGGCCUUGUUCCGCGCAACCCUUCCUCCCCCUCCAACUUACCUUCCUCCCCUACCAACCCACUCUCCCCGUCCGCACCCUCCUUCGCAGCCCCGUCUCCACCCGCCCUAUCCCUCCCCAACUUCGCUGCCCUCGCCGACUACGGCGACCAAGUCGUUCCCGUUGCCGACACUGCGCAGCGCGAGUUUUCCGAGUUUGCGCGUGACGAGCGGCGCCUGCGGGAAGUCUUGGAGCUCUGGGAGUCAGGGGAAGGAAGGACGUUAUACGUCAAGGACUGGCAUCUGGUUGCCGAGCUCGGUGGUGGAGCGGACGCGCGGGGAGUGUAUGAACCCCCGAGCUGUUUCCUGGACGACUGGCUUUCGCCGCCCUUUGACGCACCCACAUCAUCGAGCGCGUCCACCGCCGACUUCCGCUUCGUCUACACCGGACCCGCGGGAACCUUCACGCCCCUCCACCGCGACGUGUACGGCUCGUACAGCUGGAGUGCGAACAUUGUCGGCCGCAAACUGUGGUGGCUCUUCCCACCAGGGACGGAGCCGCGUGAUAAGCACGGCGAGCUCCUGUUCGACGUGCGGGAUGCAAAGGCACUCAAGGUGCUCCAGGAGGAAGGCGAGGUCAUCUUCGUCCCAAGUGGGUGGCACCACCAGGUGCUGAAUCUCGACUUUUGUAUCUCCAUCAACCACAAUUUCUUCUCCUCGCCGACACUGCCGCGGGUGUAUGCCUCGCUGCGGGCAUCUCACGACCGAUGCGCUGCGAGCAUAGCCGACGUGCUCCCCGACAUCAAGGCGAGGCUUGGGAACACAAUGCUUCCAGACGGUACGAGGGCGUGGGAGGCUGAGUGGGCGGAGGAGGUUGAUGGGUUACUGGCGCGCGAUGCUGGGUGGGGUUGGGAGGGGUUCUGGAUGUGUGUGAGGGAUGACCUUGUGCACCCGCCUACAGGAUCGGACCUGCGGCCAGGGGACGACGAAGUCGCGCGUUUUGUGGGUACAGUACUGGAGCAGUAUAAGGCGAGCGCAGAGUGGCGUCUGUUACCGGCCGCGCGCGCGGUCGCGGUCGAGGUUGAGGCGUUGUUAGCCUCGAGGGCGUAG